UCUUAUAAGAGGGACAUCAAAAGGAAGAAAGAAGCACAUUGUCUGCUUUCAUUUUCACAUUUAACAAAAAGAUGGGGAAUAUAUAUUUUAGUUCCCAAACCUUUUAGUCCUUCAAAUAUUGGAAACACCUCAUCAUUUGGACCUUUUUUUUCUCUCCCUUCUGGUCACUUUGAUAACAUCCCUUUUCUCUUGUAUAGUUUCACUUUGCACCUUUAAGUUCCCCAAUUUUUCAGUUGAGUUUCUCUCCCUCAAUCAUUUCAGUUGGGGGAUUUGAAAGAAAAGAAACUAACUCAAAGGUAGUGAUAGAGUGGUAAAUUCUGAGUCCUGCCACUUGUUAACCUUUUGCACUCUAACCUUAAUCCACUAUGAGGGAAAAGAUGGCAUUAUAGAUUAGUUUAUGAAAAUUAGAUUAAGUAAAGAGUUUAUAGUAAACAUCUCAUAAAAGGGGAGAGAAUCAAAUCCAUUGGAUUAAAUAAUAACAAUGUGAAACAGCACCUUGGAAAGCUCAUAAAGCAAAUAUAUGUAAUGUUUCUAUAUUUGUUUUUAAUGUGACCAAUGUAGCUUAUAUGUGGGUUCUAUAGCUACAUGGAUGGUGCAAUGCAAUGUCAUAAUCCACACUACUUUUCUUGUUUUCACAUCUUUCAAUUCAUUCUUCUUCUUGUUUUUUUUAAUACAUCAAUGUAUUCUACAAGCUAAAUUAUCAAAAAAUGUAUUCUACAAGCUAAGUACUUGUUUUGUGGUGUAAGAGAUUCUCCAUUUAUAUGUUUUGUAGCAAUAAUAUUGUGUUCUGGCACGCUACUAUAGACUCCCCAAAUGAUACCGUGAUACGCUAAGUUAAUUUAAAAUUUAUGUAAGUAUUUUAACUGAAAAAUGAACGUAACUUAUGCAAGAACCAAUUCUUACAAACACAAUCAAGGAUGUAAACCUCAGUAUUAGUUGUGGCUAGGAUGCUAAGUUCUCUUUAAAUUUGAACACUAGCUAGUCCUUCCAAAUCCCAAUCCCAAUCCCAUAUAGGGAUAUUGGCCCACCCCUAGUUAUCUCAACAAUUAGCAACCUAAAUGGGAAUGCUCCCAUCUCAUGGCCCAUUCCUAGUCAUAAAAGCAAGCUUUGAAUUAGCACUUUAAACUAUCCCUAGCUACCCUAGCUCUAACCUCUAGUCUAUAGACUAAAAUCAUGAACUCAUAACAAAUCAAAAACAGUUGAAAGCUUGAUGAUGUUGGUUGAUCCCUUAUCAAGGGAACUCAUAACCCCACAUCAUUUCCCUAAUCAAAUGCACUUUCCAUAUACUUGGUGACUUAGAGAGAGAGAGAGAGAGCAUAAAAGGGUUUUUGUUUGGGGCUCUUUGCCCAACAAUGAGGGCUUCUUAUCUUUGGGUCAUGAAGUCCAAAAGGCUUCCCAGAAAGCCACUAUGAACAACCCACUUUCUCUUCUAGGACUGGGCCAUUAAGAUGACACAAUCACUUUGAUAGCAAAAAAAGAAGAUUUGUCUGACUCAGGAUGAUGUGGAAGGAUUGUUGGGCCACCAACACAACUCCAAAACUCAUUACCCUUAAUCAAAUUCCUAAUUAUGUUUAAUUAAAAAAUUAAUAAUGUAUUUCCUUGACCAUUUUCCUUUGACUCCCAUACUUUGUCCUGUCUGUGAGACAUGUUUAAGUACAGAUCAGAUUUAUGUCCAUGAUCCUUCACAACAAUCCAAAUUCUACUUUCUACACUUGUCCCCUCUCUUUUUCUCAUCACUUAUAAACUCGGGGUCUUUUUCUUCUCCAAAAUGUGUUUCACAACUUACAAUUGUGAGUGUUGGAAAUUAACCUUAGCAGCAAAGCACUGCAAUGGCAGGGUCUCACCAACCACUAUCCUCUAGUGCACUUGAAGCUUGAAAGGCAAUGAAGUCAAUUUAUGAUCCAAUAGGAUAAAUCAACUCUUUCAUAGAAUUUCAACAAUUCCACCCCGUUCUUCAAAAGCCCACAAAAAAAGGCUGAAGAAUGAAGGAUUCGAUUUGUUUAGAGUUGUUUCUAACUCAAAUAGAUAAGCAUGACUCGAAAUCUAUGAAUACCACUAAUAAACCACGAUCUAAAGUUAGCGGCGAACCCUCAACGUUGUAAAACACCCUAUAAAUGCUUCCCUUGACUGAACUUGAAUCUUGGAAGAAGACUGGGAAAUAGGUCCAUCAUACCACUUUCUAAUGUUCUCAGCAAGAUAUGAAUAUACAUUAGAAUCUCAAAUCACAUGUUAAUCCCUCAUGGACUACACGUAGUUUCGUUAUUGACUUAUGGUCUAACAUGACUAGAUUCGUAUUGACGUGGUGCAAACCCUAGCCACCCGAACCAGAGACCAUUAUCUCUGCUCUGCCACUAAGGUUAGGUAAAUUGGACUUAACGGUCACUAACCAAAAGUGGCGGGAGAUACAACAGAACAGAGAGGGGAAAGAAAACGGUUAGCCAGUUAGGUGUGAACUGAAGUGGGGCCAAAGUGUGCAAAAUGGGGUGUGGAAUUUUGAGCACAGCACUCGGGACAAGCAAAGGCAAUCCCCCCUACCCCCUCCAAAUUCCAUUACUUUCGGUGUUCUGCACAAAAAAGACAACCUCCAAUGGCUGCUCUCUCCUUUUUCUCUUCCAUUCCUGCCGUUCACGGUUCAUCUCUCUCUCUAUAUAUACCCUUUCGAACCCCUUCUGCUUUCACUCUACUCGCUCCAUCUUUCUAACACCCUCCCUUUCCAUUUUUUUCUACACGUUUCUGAACAACUAUAGGCUUCUGGGUUGUAGUCCUCUCAUUUUCAACACAUUCCUGAACAGUUUAGCUUCUGGGUUCUAAUAAUUCCAUAGUAAAGUUUGGUUCUUUGGUAUUUCAUUUCAAAAAUUAGGCGAGCGGGGGUUUUAAAUUUACCCGCCAAAGAAAGAAGGCUUAGAAAUCCCAGGUGGAAAAUGACCCUGUUGAUUAAUGGUCUAAUCCCUUGCAAUUCAUACCUGAUUCUCGGCAGAUAUUCAAGAGUUGGAAAAGGGUUUUAUUUCUGGAUCUUUCAUCGGUAUAGCCUCGGCACUUAGCUGCAAGAUUUUAUUUCAUUUCACCUGUUUAUCCCCUUGCUCUGUUUGUCUUUCCUUUCCCCUUUAGAGCCUCUGUUCUUGCGCAUUUAGUAGCAAAAAACAGAGGAAACUAGAUAUAGCAUCAAAGAAAUGGGAGGAGCUUCUUUGCCUCCUGGGUUUCGAUUCCACCCGACCGACGAGGAAUUGGUCGGAUACUACCUGCACAGGAAAGUUCAACGGCUCGAGAUCGAGCUCGAAGUCGUCCCUGUCGUCGAUUUGUACAAAUUUGAUCCGUGGGAGCUUCCAGAUAAAUCAUUCUUGCCGAAGCGGGACAUGGAAUGGUUCUUCUUCUGCCCCAGGGACCGAAAGUACCCCAACGGGUCGAGAACCAACCGAGCCACCAGAGCUGGAUACUGGAAGGCUACCGGUAAAGACAGGAAGAUUGUGUGCCGAUCAGUCGGCGGCGUGACCGGCUACCGGAAGACUCUGGUUUUCUACAGGGGAAGGGCUCCGUUGGGCGACCGGACGGAUUGGGUAAUGCACGAGUAUCGUCUCGAAGACGAUCCGUCGACCAACUCUCAGGGGGCCUUUGCUCUGUGUCGGAUUGUGAAGAGGAAUGAAGAAAAGAAUAAGACUGCAUCUGCGAGCAAUUCGAGCAGGAUGAUCAACUAUGGCGAUUCUGUUUCAUCAUCAUCAACAGCUAUAACGAAUGAGGCCAUGAUGAACAUGUCGAGCUUCGGGAGUUUUUCUGGAAGUCAGUAUUCUAGCCCCUUCGGUUCUCCACGUACUACAGAGCCAGUAGCGACGUCAGAGUCUGAGCAGUUGAUUUCAAUGGAGAGUAGCAAUCCAUCGACUCCAUGGGUUCUGUCACCUGAUUUGAUUCUCGACACUUCCAAGGAUCUUUCGAGAGGACAAGGAAGUGGAAGUGAAGUGUUUCCUCAAUGUGACUAUCCAAGCUCAUCAAUGGCGAUGCCAUGGCAGCAAGGUCAAGAUGGAUUGAAUUUUGCUGAUCCACAUUUGAAUCCCAUGGGAGAUAUUGAACAUUCACAUGAUGACCUCAGUCACAUUGGUUACAGUAUGUCUCCCGGAGAUUACUCGAGUUUCUGGGAGAGUGUUGAGCCCGACAUGACUUCAUUUUAUGGAGAUUAUAGUUGUGAACAUUAUGGUCGGACGAAAUAAAAAUACUCUUCUAAAAGAAUAAAAGAAAUCAUAAUAGUUCGUUGGGACCGUGAUGUAGCCAGAACAACUCCUUUUAAUGUUUGUUCGUGGAAAGGAAAUAUGAAUAUUUAAGUUCAGUGGUUAAUGAAGUGUGGGAAAAAGCUUGCAAAGGCUUAGUAGCACCAAAUGUUAUGCUUUCUAAAUUGGGUUUCGAUCGAUAUGUAUUGUUUUAUAUCUAUAGCACUAUUUAAAGGUUGUUUCAUAUUGUCAUGUAUUCAUGUUGUUCCUGGGUUUGCCAUUCCAAUUUUACAAAAAGAUGGGAAUCCAUGAGUGUUUUUUUCCACAUUUGGGUUAAUAUUUGUUGGGAAGUUAUUAGUGUGUAACAUGUGUUUUUAUAAUUAAGGGCUUAUUUCAUUUUGUUUUUCAGCACAAACGUGUCAUCUUGUUCAACCCAUUUAAAAAAAAAGUGAACUAUUGCACUUGACUGCAUUAGUGGGUGAAGUGUAGCUUCAUAUGUUUAUGGAUGUUAACAAUGUUACGAUAAAUUUAAAAAUCAAAUUACGGUUGUGAUUGGAUAUUGAUCGGUGAUCCCAGUUGAUAGUCAGGAUGAACUGCUGAUAAUUGAUAGCAAAUUUACAUCCUUAUUCUUGCUUUUCAAACCCAUGACUAUCACAUCGGAUCCCCCGUCCUCUCGUACCAAUUUCCAAUGUUGUAUAUGCAUCAUGCCUACAUGACCUUCCAAAUUAAUACGAUCUAACCAUUUGAAUUGUGGUAACACCCAACAUGAUUCGAAGACAAUAUAGAAACCACCUAAUUCUUUUGUGUAUCCCAUUUUUCAUUUUUCAAAUCCAACAAUCUAUUCAAUCUCAUUCAUUCUCGUACCAAUAAAAUUGCAACACACCGACGAAGUUAUUCCAAUUUGAUAUUCAAAACUACCCAAAUUGGUAAUUUCUACCCAAUUAGUAGUUUGCUUGUAGUGCCAUUGAGAUACUCCAUAUGGUUUUAUUUAGCACUUCACUUUACUUGGAUAAUUAGUCAUCUAAUCUUGUCUUUGCAUACAACUUUCUCAGUAAAGGAAGUGUGAAAGCUUGAUGUACAGAAACGGCAUUUCCCCCCUUCCAUAACCCACAUUUAGAGAGAGGACAAGUUUAUGAAAGAGUUGCAAUUAUGUCCACAUUCAUUCUGUCAUUAGGGAGGAAAUUAGUUGUGGAGACGUAUGGUAUUUGAAUUUUGAUGAUUUCUAACUGUAUAAACUGUAUUCAAACUGCAUUUGCAGGUAUCAUAUAUACACCAACGCUAUUUUUGUUGUUGUGUUUCACUGACUUAAUGUCUUAUUAGGGAAAGUAAAUUAAUUAAGGUUAUAUAUUUAAGAAGCCGACUAUUUUUUUGAAUGAAAACUGAAAAUGACACUUCGAUCCUUUGAGGUUGAAAAGAGUACUCCAAGCUUUACUUUUACUAAUGUUUUUUAUUCAACUUCCUCAAGUGCAAUAUUUUUCAGUUAGGCAAUCGUGAGGUUUGAUCACCAUGUUACCUUGAUUCGUGAGAAAUGACUCAAUGGAUUGUUAUUUAGAUGGUAUCCGAAGGUCAGACACGCCAUGUUAAUUUAGAACCUGAAGUUAAGUUAAAAAAUUAUAAAAAAAAUUAGUUGAUUGGUUAAUAUAUAUUUUUUUGGUAGUUUGAAUAAAAUUAUAAGGUCAACUCAAACUUUAACCUAGAGAACACAAUGUACGUAAAUGAUAAUCUUUGUAUUUUAUACUUUCCUCAGAAUUUGGUGUUCCUUUUUGUUCCAAACAAAAGAAGCUAAAGAAGCCUUUUCCACAACAAUGUCGGUUAGAGAACUACCUUUUGAUUUGCCAUGGAUUCAUUGAUCAUGGCACUAAUAAAAUAAAGCCCGAUGCCAACGGUGGAGCAUGCACCAGUGCCUAUAUUUAUAAACAGGGACAUGGAAAAUUAUUCAUAAAAAGAAGAAGGGUAAAUACAAUUUAAUAUCCAAACCUUUCAUUUUAAACAAUAUAAUAGCCAAAUCUUUUCGAAAACAAUCUAAUAUCCAAAUCGUCAACUUUCCGUUCGUUUGACCGUUAGUUGACACUUCAUAAAAGCUUUGUUUAGGGGAAAUUGUCACAAUACAACUUUGUUUCUUGUUUUGGCAUUGCAGAUGACUGAAUAUUUAGAUAUUCUAUAUCAUCAUGGUGGAGUCAUGGACUUCACGGGUUUGGAACUACGAUAUGUUGGUGUUUUUUCAGAGAAGAUAUCGAUGUGUAUUGAUGAAGUGUCGUACUUCGAACUUUUUUGAAGUGUCAACUAACGUUCAAACAGACAGAAAGUUGACGAUUUGGAUAUUAGAUUGUUUUCGAAAAGGUUUGGCUAUUAUAUUGUUUAAAAUAAAAGGUUUGGAUAUUAAAUUGUAUUUACCCUGAAAAGAAACAUGGAGAAUUGAAGUUGUUAAUGACCUCCAUCUUCCAUACAGUAUUUGAUGAAUGAUUGGUAAAGGGUCAAUUACUGACGAGACUCUGGGUUAAUUGACAAAAUAGUUGGUUAUAUUGGGCCAGUUUGUUUCUGUGGUAAUUUUUUCAGAAGUAGCUUCUGGAUGUAGAUUUUGCAGAAGCAGCCUCUGAUUGUAACUUUUAGAGAAGUAUUUAAAAAAACAGUUGAGCGUUUGGCUGAUAAACUAUUAUAAAGGGUUUAUAAUAUAAAAUAUGAAUAAAAAUUUUAAACAAUA